CCUACCCACAGGCAUUUUCUUCAAUUUUCCCGCUCGUAUUGAUUGAGUUUUACGUAAUCACUUUUUGACCACAUUAUCACUCAAGUUUUAUACUCUUAUUAAGUCACAAAAUCUGUAAAACUUAAUAUUCAGCCAGAUCUAAUUCAAAUUAAUAAUUAAAUCAAAAUUUUAAAUCUUAAACGCUCUUGUUUGGGGGAAAACACAUUUUAUGACGUAACACUUUUGAAUGACCAAUGGUAAACAUCGCUGACAGUUAGAAAAGAAAGUUGCACGAAAAUUCAUGGAAGCAAUGCUAAAUUUGUAAUUAUGAGUCAUCUAGAUUCUCCGUUUUUGAUAGUAACAACUAAAUUCAUUGAAAACUUUCGUGCCCUAGAAAUGUAGUGCUUCAAAUUCAAAGCCGAUCGACGAUUAUUUAUCUUGAUGAAGAUGGAAAAUAUUGCCUGAAUCUCUCUUCUUUCAUUAACCCUUUUAUGUUUUAAAAAAAAAAUGAUGCACUCAAUUCUUAUUGACCCACUAACCUUAGAUGAUGUUGAUAAGAUCAUUAAGACACAAUUGUUAAUGGAUCAAUCUAUCUCACCCACUCAUGCUGUGGGCUACUCAAACCAACCCUAUGUUCGCAUUUUAGAACAACCAGCACCACGGAGCCUUAGAUUUAGAUAUGAAUGUGAAAUCGAAGGGCGAUCUGCUGGCAGUAUUGUUGGCAUUAAUAAUACUUCUGAAAAAAGAACAUUUCCUACCAUUCAGGUCAUGAAUUACCAAGGCCAAUAUGCUGUAGUUGUAUCCUGUGUGUCUAAAGACGGACCUCCAUAUCGACCUCAUCCUCAUAACUUAGUUGGAAAAGAGAACUGUAAAAGAGGAGUUUGUACUCAGUUAGUUAAUAAUCCUGACAUGACUUGCAGCUUUCCAAGCCUUGGGAUACAAUGUGUAAAAAAGCGAGAUAUUGAAAAGUCGCUCAAAAUUCGUGAAAAACAUAGCAUUGAUCCAUUUGGAACUGGAUUCAAUCACCCAAAUAGCAUUGAUCUGAAUGUACUAAGAUUAUGUUUCCAGGUCUUUCUAAAAGACUCUGAGAACAGGUAUUCAAUACCAAUUCCAUCAGCUGUUUCAGAUCCAAUCUUUGACAAAAAAGCCAUGUCUGAUUUAACCAUAAUGAAACUGAGUCAUUAUUCAGCCCCGGUAACUGGAGGUACAGAAGUUAUACUUCUGUGUGAUAGAGUUGCUAAAGAGGAUAUACAAAUUUGGUUUUAUGAAGAACAAAAUUCCAGGAUAGUGUGGGAAAGUCCAGCUGAAUUCCAACCUAGUGAUGUUCAUAAGCAAGUGGCCAUCUCAUUUAGAACACCCCGUUAUCAGAAUGAAAAUAUUCAACAACCAGUACCUGUUUAUAUCGAACUUCGGAAACCUAGUGAAAACAAAAGAGGAGAUCCAAGACCAUUCCAAUAUUUGCCAAUGGAAAGAGAUCCUGAAGGUCUUGCAAGAAAGAAGCUUAAAGUAGAAGACCGCAUUGAUCUUGAAUGUUAUUUUCAAGGAAAUGUUCAUGGUCGUGGAUCUAAUUUCCCAGAGCAACAAAUGCCUAUUGGUAUUCCACGGGUCUCUAGGCAAUUAGCAACUAGACAAAGAGUUAAACCAGAAACUGUUAUGGUGAGUGGGGUAUCUUGUGGAGAUGACCUUUUUGCCAGAGCAUCAGCACCAUUUGUAUCUGACUUUUCGGCAGUAUCAGUAUUAUCGUCAGUUCCUGUUGGAGUUCCAUCAACCUCACCACAUCUCAUUCCUGCACAUUCACCCAAUUUCGCCACUUCACCCAGUGCUCACAGCCAUUCAUCAGCCACACCCCCAUUAGAACCUAUGUCAUCUCCUGUGAUGCACCAAAUGAUGCCUGUCUCAGAAUCAUCCAACCAGGAGGCUGCAGUGGAUGAUGCCAUCAUAGAGAAAUUUGACAGUCUCGACUUAGAUAUUGAUAUAAACCUUAAUUUGACUCAAAAUCUUUCUGCCAGUUUAUUUGAUAGUGCACCGAGUAUCCCAGAACCUACUUUCCAAGACCCGUCAGAAGAACUCAAUCAACAAAAAUAAAAAUAUUUUUUUUAUUUUUGUUGCAUUGGUUUUUAGGUUAGAAUUGUUUUACUUAAUUCCGCCUUUGUUUAUUUUAGACACAACCAAAUGUUUUGCUUUUUUUUCUCUAGUUUUAUGCUUCGAAUUAUAAAUGAUUUACUUCAUUUUUUUCUCCAGUUUUUAUAUUGUUGAAGACCAAAAGUUUUAAAUUGUAAAGUUUAAAAAA